GGGUACGCCAGCAGAGACCCGGGUGGAGACGCAGCAGCACCCCAGGAUCCCGUUCCUUUUCACCGUCUCGUUUCCUGUGGAUACCAUGACGGUCACGGUGGUGUAUGAUAACUCAGAGGCCACAGAACUGUGUGCAGCUCAGCACCUGUACCUCAAGCCCAUAGCAAAGCUGAUGAUCAAUGUGUUGCUCCCUGAGAGCCCGGAACCCUCGAGACCUGUCUCUAACUGGGAAGUUCUGGACCAACUGAAGAGCCUGAUUUGUCCUAACCAGUUCACCACUGUGCGGCUCGCCAAAAGCACCAGGGGCUUCAUCCGAUUUGAGGGGGAGGCGGAAACGCGAAGCUUGGUUCAAAUCCUGAAGGCCAAGUUGCACGGGAAGAUCAUCAAGCUAAAUGGCUUGGAAACAGACUUAAAAGUCAUGGUGACAGACACCCAGGGAGAGUGGGAGCACUUCCCCAAGGAAAAUGGGGCCACCCCGAUGGGUGAUGGGUCUGAAGAGCAGGAGCAUGAUAAGAGCUCAAAUUCCAUAUACUUCGAAGGCCUGCCCUGCAAGUGGUUUGCUCCCAAAGGUUCCAGUGGAGAGAAGCCAUGUGAAGAGAUCCUUCGGGUGGUCUUUGAAAGCUUUGGGAAGAUCAAGAAUGUAGAUAUCCCGAUGCUCGACCCCUACCGAGAGGUCAUAACCAGUGGGAGCUUUGGGGGGUUCAGCUUUGGCUUGCAGACGUUCGAGGCAUUUAUACAGUACCAAGAGUCAACUGACUUCUUAAAGGCCAUGGAGUCCCUCCGCGGGAUGAAGCUGAUGCUUAAAGGAGAUGAUGGGAAAGCUCUGGCAUGUAACAUCAAGGUUAUGUUUGAUACAACAAAACACUUCAGCGAAGGAGCUAUAAAGAAGAGAAAGCAGGAAAAACUGAAAUUACAAGAGUUGGAGGAAGAGAGGAAAAAAGCAAAGAAAAGAGAAGAGGAAGAGGCUGAAAGAAAAAGAAAAGAGGAGAGGAAGGUCCAGGAAAAGAGGAGAAAGACCAGAGUCAAGAGACGCACCCAGAAGGAAAGGGACAGGCACCGGCAAAGGAGACAGAAGGACAGCGCCAAAGUGGAGGCUCGAUCAGGGUCCAACUCUUCCAAGGACCUGGAGAAGAGGAAGAUCCCAGUGACCCAGAGGCAGCUGGAGGCCCUCUACCUGAUGCGGGCACUCCUGAGGAAAAUUGUAGAGUCUGGAGAAUUUUACCCACGGAAGGCGAAUGUUGCAGGCUCCAAAGCUCAUCAUGCUCCGGAGACUGUGUCAGGAACUCUGAAGAAAGAAGAACCAAACACUCAGUAUCUUCAAAAUCAGGAGGAAAUGCUAAGAUACCACGUUUCCAAGUCAGAUUACAAGCGUAAACGAAAAAUGAAGAAAAGGGCUAGAGCUCACUUACGUAAAUCUUCCCACCACCUUGGGGGAAAAAAAAUAAGAUAUUCAGCAAGAAAAGAGAGAGCUGGAAAAUCAUUAACUGACAAAUAUAAUAACAGUUCGAGCUGUGACCAGAAUUCCUUGCAAAUUAUAAUGACUCAAGGUCAAUAUCUUGAGAAAGAAGACCAGCUUUGUUCUAAUACCUCCUAUUCUUCCAGAUUCGUUGAGAGAGACCAUAGCAGGAAACAGAAGAUAUAUGAAACAGAUGAAUUUAUUGACUAUCUUUUAAACCAUUAUCAAGCUCCAAAAUAUGCCCGCAUCUGCCUAGAACCAAGUCACAUAACAAGCACAUGUCAGUGGAAGAGAACUGUCUUUGUGAAAGGAAAUAGCUUUCAAAUCAAUUUGAGAAAACAUAAGCAUCACUCAACUAGUUUGAGCCAAAUGCAACAUCUAGAUAGGAGAGAACAAGUGCAAGAAAAUAAUUUCUGGACAAAUCUUUCUUGGGAUCCUGAGCAUAUAUCACAAAAGAAAAGAAAAAUGGAUUAUGCUGAAGAAUGUACAAAGAAGUUUAAACAUCAUUUUAAGGACACAGCCAGUAAAGCUGGUGAUUGCCUGUCCCCAGCUGAUGAAAAGAGCCAUCUUUUGGAAAAGACUCAUGCUUACCAAGUCCAGGAUCCCAUAUCCACAAAUCAAAGCCAAGUUUCCUCAUCUAAGAGGUCAGCAGACUUUGAUUUGAAGUUGAGAGAUUUCUUAGAGGAAAUUAGCAGUGAUUCUGAAUGUUUCAGUGAUAAUGUUAGUGUAAACGAAGAGAAGAAAAAGAAGUCUGUGGCCACGUAUGAUAGCUGCCCAGAAAAGGGAUGUCUCGAUGCUGAUGAAAUCAUCACUUGUGAUCCAGAAAUUAUGUCAAGUCAGCAGGCCUUGUAUGCAGAGGGGAAACAUGAUGGGGAGGAAAAAUACUCUGAAUACAAGCUUAGGAAACCAGGCAGGAGGUCCACUUAUGAACUGAGAUGUUCGUGGCUUGAGGGUAAAAACCAUUCCAUUAGAAAUGAGAACAGCAACAGCAAAGAGAAGGAAAUACUGGCCCCCCAGUACUUAUUUGAUGAAAGCCACCACCACAAAUCCAGUGCCAGUGAUCAGUUAGACACUGUCAUAGGGAAGAGGAGACAGUUUAGUGACAGUGCAUUUGACCACAGAGUCAACUAUAGGCUCUUUCAAGUGCCAGUAACAUCAUCAAAAAGUACAAAUGCUUCCUAUUUGUGGGGUUUUCCCAAAAGAAGAGAGAUACCACGGAGGUCAGAAUAUAACUGGGAUGCAGGAAAGAUGAAAAGACGUGAGUAUUCUGGAGAUUUCAUGCUGAAUUCUGGUAGUAACUACAUUAGACAUAACAGUCUGGAGCGCAUUGACUACAGAAGAUAUUUAAGAAACAACUUCACCAGUUCUUUUUAUUUUCAAAUGUUUUGAAGGUUUCUUAGAUCAGGAAACCCUCAUUCAUGGUAAAAAUCUGCAAGAAGAAAAUUUAAAACCAAAUGUAGCUAUGUAGUUAGCAACUACAGAGCAAGAGAGCAAACACUUAGGAGCUUGAGCAAGGUCAAAUGCAAAACCUUGCUUCUCUUGCCAAAGUAUAAAGCAUAGAUCAAAGUGUGUGUGUGUGUGUGUGUGUGUGUGUGGCAGAUGUGUUGGCAAACUGGAAACACCAAAAUCCCAAUUUGAAAACUUGGUAAAACAAUGUGCUUGCAAAACUUUCUUAUCCCAGGACAGACAUUUCUACAGUUCGAUUGCAGCUUUAAUUUGGUGCCACCAAAGGAGCAAAUUAACAUUGAAAGGAGUUAAGAUAGCCCUCUAUGGCUCUUCAGCUGUCGUAACAUUAUCAUUUAACAUCAUUUAUCUUCAAAGGGAUGGCAGUGAAUGCAUAAGGAUCUUUCUACUUGUUCUUUGAUUUGGUUGGAACACCAUGUGCAGCAACAAACUUUCCUGACUUUUAUCUAGAAAUACCUAUAGAUGAAAGAAGAGAGAUGACACCUAGAACAUACACUGGACUUAUUCAUGACAUUAGAGGGUUCCCUGAGCAUCCACCAGAAGGAAAUUAAUCUUAUUAAUAUGUUCAUAGAACUCAAAGAGUUGUCCUUUUAGAAACAAAGCCUUGGAAGAAGAAUCUAAAAGGGGCUCAGAUUGUCUUUUGAGGCUGACACAGAGAGUGGACCAUUAGCAGAGUUGUUUUUUUUGGAAGAAACCCAUGUCAUUCCAUCAUAGAAAAGCAACAGGAUUGAAGUGAUACAACUUGGGAUUUGCCAAAGGAAAUAUUGAAUGAUCCUGGGGCACCAAAAAUGGCACUUGGGAAGAGAGGACGUGAGAGUAUUCCAUUUCAGGUUAUGUAAUCCUUUCACUCAGGGUUGGGUGACAUCAGUUUGUAAAAAGUCACUGAAUAUCCCCAAACUGACUUUUAUAAAACAGUAACAAGUGCCUCCUCAAUCCUCAAUAAUGCCAUGGAGUUAGGAAGAGUCAAGGGUAAAGCCCAUACUUUUCUAACAGGGGGAAAAUUGUAUGUGUGCAGAAUUUGUAAACUCUUAAGCAAUUUAUCUUUUUACCUACUGGUUUUGGACUCUUUGAAUAUGUUUUUAAAUUGAGAUAUUUUAUAGAUUCGUAAAGACAUACAUCUUAAUGCAGUGCAUGUUCUAUCGAAAGCUCGGCUGACUCAUUCUGCCUUAUAUUGGAUUUAGGAACUCAGGGGGGUGGGGGCAAUAGAUGACUUUUUUUCUUCCAACAAAACUAUAGCUGACAUGGCAAUUGAAGACCUCAAUGAGAUUAGACUGCCUGCAGCAGGAAAAUGUGUUUUAAUCCACAUAGUAGUGGAAGGCAACAUUUUCAUAUUACAUGAUUCAUUUCAAACAGUCCUAACUUGAUAGUCCAUAGAAAAGGACCAGCUGGUCAAGCCAAAGUAGGACACCAGUCAGUGUGGCUGCCCAGAAUGAUAAGGCACGAUGUGUGCUUGUAAUUAGACUCUUGAGCAACCUGAUAUCUGAAACGCCUAGAAAAUCUUCAAAUCAUUCAUUUAUUUGUUGGUUCUCUUGUAUUCAAUUCUACUUGCAAGCCAGUGACUCUGCCAUCAGAGUCACACAAGCCAUCAACUAGGCUUGGCUUGUCCAAUCUGAAAAAUCACUUCCAGGGCGAGUGCCUUUUCUCCUCUAAGGACUAGCAAUGACUAUUAAUGUUCAGAGUACUAUUGUCUGGAGUAGCCUUUAAAUUAUAACAGCUUGUAUUUUGUCAGACAACCUGAAGCAAGCAGGUAUUAUUCUUUUCCAGUGAGACCCAACCUCCCUAUUUUUUUCAUGUUUCAUGCCCUUGAAACAAAGAACAUUAUGGGUUUGUAAUGGAAAGCAGCUAUGCUUGUUUUGGAAAAAAGAAAGAAAAAACAACUCAAUCUCUUCUGUCAUUUGAUAAUUUUUCUUUGCAGAGAUUUUAGGCAUGAAAACAAUUUGCUGCUCAGUAACCAGACAUAAAAAAAUACAUUGCAAAAUACAGCAUGUGCAAUUAAAGAAAAUUUUUGUAUAAUAGAAUUGGUGCUAAGUCACUUCUAUGUAAUAUUUUGGUCUAAAUACCAUCCUGGGACCUAGGAGAAAGUAAAAAUACUGGUUUUGUGUUUACUUUCUAUACAACUUUGGGUUUUUAUGUCUUGUGGUAAUGCAUUCUAGAUUUGAGUAAAUCUCUUUUUUUGGUGUGUGUAGGCCUUAAACAAGGAUGAGAACAAUUUCUCCUGAACAUUUCAAAUGGAUGGAAUGAUUUAGAACUGAAAACGUGAUACUCACUUUCUGUUAAUUAACACUGUUAUUCUUUGUUGUGCUGUUAUUUAAGUGGUGCAACAGUUUUCUCAUAUCUUUUUCCUAUGUCCAAUGAAGGGCCGGAACUUUAAUCUGUGUCUUUUUAAAUAGGUGUUUUCAUGUUUUUCCUUGUAUGCGUUACUAAUAGUGCUUUAAGAAUUAGCUAAAAGUCUGUUAAUGUGUUUUUGUUACAUUUGUUUGAAUUCCUCAGGUAGAAAGCCAUUGUAACCUGGUAAUUUUGAACUUAAGAACCAAAUAAAUGUAUUUUCAUUUGUUGAAAGACUGUUCAAAAUGUUCACUUUUAAAUGUUGAUAAUUCCACUUUGUGGGGGUGGGGGUGAGAUUUCUACCUGUAGUAUGCUGCUUUGCACUAACAUUGCUGCUCCUUUUUGUCAUUUGCAUUGGUAGAGAAAUAAUACAUGUUUGAUUUUCAGAUAUAUUAAAAAUAAA